UACUACUCAGGCUGGCAUCAAAAUUCAGAGUUACCGGGCUUGCGAAGUUUCGGCAGUUCUCGAUACAAACUACAAAAAGACACACGUAUUCCUCGAAAAGUUCGACAACGUUUUUCCCCCCACAACAAAAAACACCUUAAGGAAAGCAAGAAUUUGCUGAUAAGGCCAACGAAGGAUAAGAUUACAGGAUGUCGGAAGCUGGAGAAAACUCUGAUGAGGAGUACUAUGCAGAGGAGUCCUUCGAGGAGGACUCGCAAUCGGAGGUGGAGGACCAGGUGCCAGCGGAAGAAGAGGAAGAAGUGGAGGAAGAGGAAGAAUGUGAGGAUGAGGAUGAGCAGAAUGUUGAGACCAAGGAGCUCGAUCCAAACAUAGCUAGCCUGCUGGAGGAGAGCGACACGCAGAGCGAAAGUGAUAUGGAGGCCGAGUUCCUUCGCGGAAACCCACACGCCCGUCGCCAGAUGGCAGCCCGAUUCUCUGGCGGUUUCAAUCGCGAUCGCAUGGUAUCCUACAUGAGCUCCUCGUCGGAGGACGAGAGCCAGGUGGUCAUCACCAAGACGGUGGCCGAGGUCAAUCAACUCAGUCUGCGACUGGACACGUCUGUGGAGGAUGAGACGCCCUCGGUGCGCACUCUGAUGCCAGGCAGUGCCCAUUCCCCGACUAAGGAUGAGAGCGAGGACGAGGACGAUGGGGAGGACGACGAGGAUGCUGAAGUCGAGGAAGUCGAAGAGGAGGAGGAACUUCAAGGAGACGAGGACGAUGCCCAAAGCGAUGGCACCAUGGACUCGAACGAUGGUCGCCAACCCGUUGAAGGUAGCGAUGAGGAGGACGGCACGGAUGUGGAAGUGGAGCAACUGGAGGAGGACGAGCCACUAGUCACCGCAGUGUGCAAAAAAAAUGUGCAGCUGCCUCAGGAGGACAUUGUUUCGCUGGUGGAUGCCAGCGACAACAGCAGUGAGCACAGUGUGGUCACCAUGGGUGCGCCAGGUGACGAGACGGAUGUUACCCUGGCAGAUGACUCUCCCCGGUUCCGAAAGCAGCAUCCGGAAACCGAAACAGAGUCUAAAAAAGUUAUUGAGAGAACAGAUCCUGAGGAGCAUCAAAUGGAAACUCCCAUUCAAAACCUCAUUGAGCUUGCCGAUGCCUCGCUAGCCCAGCAACCUGAUCUGGCAAGAGUGCGAUACUUGGAACAGCAAAUGACCCAGAUGUCGGAGAUAAUUAUGAAAUCCUUCCAGAUCAAUGGAGGAGCGCCCAAUAGCCAGGCAUUCGAGCAACUUGCCAUGGCCACGGAGCUUAUGCAACAGCGCAGUCACAGGCUCGAGGAAACUGAAUCUGAGAUGGCUUCGAUGACGGAAUCGGCAAUGACCAGUCCCCGAAGCUUGGGAGGAGGUAGACCACCGAUCAGGAUGCAUGUGCAGCGCUCCCAGGAGGCGUUAGUCACAACGCGAUCUUCAAGGCUGGUCAGACCGAAGUGCAGGUGUCCCUCGGAAUCGGAUCUUCUCGUGCAGGAGCAGGAACUGGAAAUGGGCCAGCAGUUGGGCCAGAGUCUGGAACCGAACGUGCGGGAUCUGGGCAUAGGAAUGGGCGAAGGUUACUUUGUGGACGAGUGUGGGCAGGGAGAUGGUCUCAUGAGGCAUCCGCAACAGCGCAAACCGCCGGAGUCUAACAGGCGAGCCAACAGCGGGACUCCGAGCAGCUUCAACAGCGAUGCCUGCGAAUAUCCUAUUAAUGUCUCGCGUUCCCGCUGCUCCAACGAUAAGGUCAACUACAAAAAUGCGGGGCGCAAGAGCUACAGUUUUACGAAUCCACAGCUACGUGAGAUCGAGCGCCAGAACCAGAUCCUACUCCGAAAGAUGAUGACGGUGAAGCCGACGGCCACAAUCAAAGCGAGCACCAGUAGCCUGAAGUUCAACGCCCCCGAGAAGCAGCGACAACAGCCGCCGGCGCCGCGCCUUUCCAGCGCUGCCGUAAACCGGAAGAAGUUCCAGCGCCAAGUCGAUCUGGACAACGAUCUGCUCAAGCGGAAACUCGAAGCUAUCGGCACCCGGCGACCGCAAUUCAAGUGAUGCCUCCAAAGGCAGCUCCAACUGUGUUCAUUAUGUGUUUAGAAGUGUUAAAUGCGAAUUUACAAAAUUAAAAUUUAUUGCAAGUUGUGAAAUGUAA